CUCUUUCUUCCCUUAACUUUCCUAUAGGCAAUAAAUCAUUCACACACUGCAUAGAUGCUUGCUUAUGGGGCACACUUGGAUCUAAAUUGUGUUGUUAUGAUCAUAUUGACGAUGAUAUUACCCUUUCUAGGGUUGCUUUUCUGGCUAGAAAACAAGGUAACCAAUUCCAGUGAGGUCAAUCCUUGCUCCAAAUGGAAGGAACUAUUGCAGAUCAGUGAUGAAAUAAAUAGUGUGUUCUAUCAACAUGAUGAGGAUAACACUAGUUUACACUGUGCUUGCUCCUUCUGUGGCAGAUUAAGCAACGUAUACUCAAGAUGCUCACGCUGCAAAACUGCUAUGUAUUGCUCAAAUGCUUGCCAUGUUAUGCACCGGAGGAUAUGCCACAAAUACGAAUGCGUUGAUGUCUUAGAAAAUCAGGAGGAAACACCAUCUCAUGGAACCCAAUUCCUUCUCAAGGAUCCUAAAAAUGAUAAGUACUCAUUCAAUGAAGUUGAGCAGAAAAUAUACAAGGGAGAUGUUUACAAUAUCGAAGGAGGAGAAAACAGUUUUGAUCAUGAGUUCAGUGAUGAAACAGCAAUGCCUCGACAUAGAACUGUGAAUUGUAACAAUGGCUGUGCUGUGUGUGGUAAUCCAACCUCCAAACUAUGCUCAAGAUGCAAAACUAUAAAAUAUUGUUCACGAACGUGCCAACAUUUUGAUUGGAGAUCAGGGCACAAGUUUCAAUGUCUUGCGGAGAAGGCAAGUUCAACUGAAGCAGCAAUGGUCAAUCAAGAAAGACAUGAUCAUGGAAAAGUUGUAAAUGUCAUGCAUUUAUAUGAGGAGGAAGAUAAUGCUUAUUCAAGUAGUCCUCUUUGCUUGGAAUAUUAUUCAGGAAACAUCAACUCCAGGGCCCUGAUUUCAAGUUCUCUCUCUCAGGAAGGAACCAAUACUUCCCUGAAGAAGGUUGAAGAACAAUUGAAAAGCCUAAAAGAAGAAUUGGCAAAGAUCAAAGUUGAGAACAAAUCACUACGAUCAGAACGUGACGAAUCGGAAUUGCGAGAAAGGAAUUCUAUAGAAAGAUUUCACAGCUUCAGAAAAGAAAAUGAACAUCAGCUGUUUCUUUUGAAGCAUGAAAAUGAGUUGAUGUCAAGUGCUGAGAAGCAAGCACGUCAAAUGGUUAAUAGUUUAUCUCAGAGGCUACACUGCUUGCAGAUUGCUGUGGAAAGUGGAGUUGAAGAGAGGAAAAAACAAGAAGAAUAUAUACAUAUGCUGCAGAAAGAACGUGCCCAGGCUAAGAUAGAGCUACAUGAACAGAACAAGUGCAUCAAAAGGCUUAAACUAGAGCUUGAUAUGACCACUCAAUUUCCUGUGAGAAUAACUGAAGAGACAAGACAAAAGUUAGUCAAUGCUUUUAGUGAAAUUGCAGGUGUUGAAUCCAAUGCUGCUGGUGCUGAGGUGUCCCAGCCAAUUAGUUUGAGCAGAAAUCCAACCUUUACAAGACAGGGCUGUUCAAUUUGCCUAACCAAUGAGAAGAACAUGGCCUUUGGUUGUGGACACAUGACUUGCUUAGAGUGUGGAUCAAAAAUUCACAAGUGUCAUAUAUGCCGAAGGAAGAUCACUAGCCGUAUCAGGCUGUUUCCUGAUUAAUUGAAGGAGGAGUUCAUAGGCAUUUUCUGAGAAUGCCAUUAAAGAGCAUUUUUCAAUAUUGCUAUGUGCUUAGUAAUAAAAACAAGUCUUGUCAAUAGAUUUUACAUUGGUAGUCAAGACUAAAAUUAAAUAAAGGUUUUGGGACCAUAUAUAUAUAUAUUGGGUGUAUUUUGUGUUUCCAUGUGUGUAAGUAUUGGUAUGUAACUAUGUGUAUAUCAAAAUCUGUAUAUAGCUUGAUAUUUUGUUGAUCUGAACAGCAAAGUAGCAGAUACUACACACAACAACACAAAAUCAAACAUCCAUAGGAUUUUAUGAUAUGUUUUGAUUUGUCCAAAUGAAGUUAUCGUUUUACUCACCAAAUUCCUUUGUAUCUGGUAUAUAUAGCCUAAUGAGGAUGACAAAGAAAGAUGGUGGCAUUGUUGGAUCCUCAUGAAAAUGUUCGUGGGGGGCGGUUGAGCAAGGUGGAUCCGAAGGAGGCAGAAAGGCCAAAAAAAUGGGGGAAACCUAAAAGACUAGGUUAAAAAGAGACCAAGAAAAAAGGAGAAGGGAGCUUAUUCUGAAACACAUAGAUUGAGAGAAACACCAUGAGUUCUCCGGUAAUAAAAUACACUCUGUGAUCAGAACCAACCCCAUAUAUACUUUUCCGGUAUUGAGGACUGCUACUAAAGAACUCUGCUUGCUAUUUAGAUCAAGAUCAUUUUGUGAUAGUAAUCUAUUCUUCUCCGAGGUAUAGUGGUCCCUAUAUAUAUUGAUGUAAUAUUUUUAGUGCAAAUCUCUUGUUUUUUUGUCAUAAUCUGAUAA